GAUAUGGACUCUCUCUCCUCAACACUCGUCGCUUUUAACUUUUUAUUUUUUCUCUUCAGGUCUGCAGCUGCCAUUGAUUCCUUGACUGCUCAAAACCCAUUUCUCAGCGACGGGCUUAGUUUGGUCUCCAGAAAUGGAAACUUCGAAUUGGGUUUCUUCAGUCCUGGUCCUCCCGGUGACCGUUACUUGGGAAUUUGGUUCAAGAAUCGGCGAGGUCCGACCUCCGUUUGGGUUGCCAACAGGCAAACCCCCAUUAAUGAUUCGUCUGGUGUGCUGGUUAUGAACGUUACAACGGGAAAUCUCACACUCUAUAGCCAGAAUUUCACUGCCAAUGUUUGGUCCGCCAGGUUAUUGAGAAAAGUUCCCAAUGGGGUGCUCCAGCUUUUGGACACUGGAAAUCUCGUGCUGAGAAAGGGGGAAGAUCUAGAUCCCCAAAACUAUUCUUGGCAAAGCUUUGAUUACCCAACCGACACUCUCUUGCCUGGAAUGAAGCUGGGUUGGGACUUGAGAAAUAACAUAGAUAGAAGUUUGUCUGCUUGGAAGAAUCCCAAUGACCCAUCUCCUGGAAACCUGAGUUGGAGGAUGGAGCUUCAUGAAUAUCCUGAGUCUAUCAUGUGGAAAGGUUCCCAAGAGUACUUCAGGCAUGGCCCAUGGAAUGGUGUGCGCGUCACUAGUAGACCAUUAGGCAUAGCGCCAAUUCUGAACUUCAACUUUGUUUCUAAUGAGGAUGAAGUUUACUACCAAUACUCUGUUGUAAAUAAGUCUCAUACAGUGAUGGUGGUGUUGAACCAAUCCAAUUACAUGCGCAUAAUGUACUUGUGGUCUGCUAGUGAGAGACAUUGGAGAGUUUACACUUCAUUACCGAGAGAUUUCUGUGACAAUUAUGCUCUGUGUGGCCCUUAUGGAUAUUGUGAUAUAAGGGUCACUCCAUCUUGUAAAUGUCUAGAUGGGUUUAAGCCAAGAUCACCUGACAGUUGGAAGGCAGGGGAAUUUGCGGAUGGUUGUGAACGGAACAAACCGAUGAAUUGUCGUGAUGAAAUAGGAUUUGCACCGUUCAACCAGCUGAAGUUGCCAGACACAAAGCAUACUUGGGUCAACAGAAGCAUGAAUCUUGAAGAAUGCAAGGCAGAAUGCUCGAGGAACUGCUCUUGUAUGGCUUGUGCAAAUACAAAUAUCAGUGGUAGUGGAAGUGGCUGUGCCUUAUGGAUUGGUGAUCUAAUUGACUUAAAACUGAUUCCGGACGCUGGACAAGAUUUAUAUGUCAGGAUGCUAGCAUCAGAAUUAGUCAAGCAUAGAGAGGCACAUGAAACUGAAAGAUUGAAUCAUAAGGUGAAGAUUGCUUUGGUUGGGAUUGCCACCGGUUUAGUUUUGGCAAUCCUGUUCAUAGGCGUAUACAUUUUCAAAAGGAGAUCAACCUUCAAAGAUGACCAUGAGAAAAUAGAAGCUAAAGACCUGGAGCUUCCCUUGUUUGAUCUAUCCCUGAUAAAUAGUGCCACAAAUAACUUCUCACUUAAUAAUAAGCUAGGAGAAGGUGGCUUUGGGCCAGUAUAUAAGGGUAAGCUUACAAAUGGACAAGAUAUUGCAGUGAAGAGACUUUCACAGAGUUCUGGACAGGGAAUGAAUGAGUUCAAGAACGAAGUAAUCCUAAUUGCAAAACUUCAACAUCGAAAUCUAGUAAAGCUUCUUGGUUGCUGCAUUCAAGGAGACGAGAAAAUGCUAGUUUAUGAGUACAUGCCAAACAAAAGUUUGGACUUCUUUAUAUUUGAUCGAACACAGCGUCUAUUAUUAGACUGGUCAAAACGGUAUUGCAUUAUAUGUGGAAUCGCGAGAGGACUUGUGUAUCUUCAUCAGGAUUCCAGAUUGAGGAUUAUACAUAGAGAUUUAAAAGCAAGUAAUGUUUUACUUGAUAUGGAUAUGAAUCCAAAAAUCUCAGAUUUUGGUCUUGCUAGAACUUGUGGUGGGGAUCAAACUGAAGGACACACGAUAAGAGUGGUUGGAACUUACGGAUAUAUGGCACCCGAAUAUGCUUUUGAUGGACAAUUCUCGAUAAAAUCUGAUGUAUUUAGUUAUGGCAUCUUGUUGUUGGAGAUCAUUAGUGGAAAAAGAAGCAGAGGUUUCUGCCACUUGAAUGACCAAAAUCUGAUUGGAUAUGCGUGGCGAUUGUGGAAAGAGGGACAUCCAGAAGAAUUGAUCGACGACGCCAUUCGAGAAACGUGCAUCUCUACGGAGGUUUUGAGAUGUAUCAAUAUCAGUUUGUUGUGUGUUCAACAACAUCCCAAUGAUCGACCCACAAUGGCAUCGGUUGUUAUGAUGUUAGGCUGUGAAAUUCCCUUAUUGCAACCGAAACAACCAGGAUUUUUUGCAGAAAAUGAAGCCAGUGCAAUGGGCGGUGGCUCGAGUAAAGAUAAAUCAACUUCGACCAACGAAUUAACUAUUACACUCCCAGAUCCCCGGUAAGAACAAUCACCAAAGAACCCUGCUUGAUCAAUAUUAGCUUGAAUGGAGUGAUAUACUAAAGGCUAGACUUUAGUUUCUAUUAUUAUGAGUGUGCAUAUUUCACAUUUGGAAGUGUAUUUGUUUCUUUAAAUAUUUUGUUCAAGGAGAUUGACAAACUGCAAAUUAAAUAUUAAGAUAUUAUUCUCCGACAUUACUAUUUAAAAUU